AUGGCAUCGAGCUCGCCGUCAAAAACAAUGCGCAAGCAACUCAAGAAGCUAUCAAAAUCAAUAAUGAAAUCACACAGAAUCCAACUCCCAAAAUCCGACUUACCCAUUCGAUUACGACCGUGGUUCCUCGUAUUCACGUGCGCCAUCAUGGUAAUACUCGCUUUCCUAGGUUUUACAAACUUCUCCCAUUCUCUCCCCCUCAACGACAAGUUCCUCCAUUUCACCUGCUUGUGCGUCGCCACAGGCGUGUUUUACUUUAUAUUCGACGUAGAGGAGGAGGCUCGUAGGAUAUGGUUCUGGCGUCAUUCAGGGUUGAUAUUCACCGCUGUCAUAUGUUUCUUCUUUGGAGGUUUCGUAAGCGAGAUUGUACAGUCCAUGCUUCCAUCCAAGGAAUUUCAAUCCGGUGACGUAGUGGCAAAUUGGCUGGGCUCAACCCUCGGACUCUAUCUCGCAUAUUACAUCGAGAAAUAUUACCGUUCGCGGCGAGAGAUCGCACGCCUAUACCGCCCUUUAGAAACGGACGAAACUUCAGAUGCAGAAGACGCGUCAGACGACGAAGGAACGUCUGGAACGCAGCUCCUACCUCUUUACUCCCAACCCUCCGCGGCUUUCAAGUCAAAACCUACCAAAGCCGCCCGCUUAAACGACGUAUGGGACGAAAGAGAAGAGCUGUUUGGAGUUGGCGAUGAUAGCGACGAAGAGGAUGGUAUACACACACCACGUUCGCAGCACGAGACUUCUCAAGACAUUCCCCCUCCUCCGCCAAAGAUAAUCAUCACGAGUCCAUGA